ACUAUGGCUAAGUGUCUGAUUUGCGCUGUAGUUCAUUCCCGUUUCCCUUUCCCGGGUGGCUGGGACUGUAGUUGGCAAAGACCGCCCCCUCACCCUCGCUGCAGGUUCAUUGUUUACCUUCUGCAGUGGCGACGGGUUUGUUUACACCUUCGGAACUGGGCGAACCCCGCGGUUGUGUUUUUAAGGAUCUAAUCCGGCUACUGGCCAGUGAAUCUUCUCUUAGUCACCGUACUGGAGUUUAUUCGACAAUAUCUCGGAGAUACAGUAGUUAUAUACAAGGUUUUUCUUUUUUCUUCCACGGUAAACAGGAUUUGAUCUACUGAUUCCGAAGAAGUCAUAUUUCACACCGGCUGUAGCAUAGAGUGUAAGCUGGUUCAGCUGUACAGUCAGUUUCCUUUUUGAGAUCUGAAAAACACUUCGGGAAGUUAAGAAAAGUCGUAAACAUUUCAUUAAAACUUUAAAAAAUUUAACCUAUGUUCUACUUGACGUAAUGACUUAUCUAAAGUAUUUGUCAGACGCGGGCUCAUUGUUGAGACUCAUCUCUGGUAUUUAAAGCAUAGUGCAUUGUCUAAUUUGUUGUAUUUUGUAUUUCAUAGUGUAAGAAAACUGUUAUAAACUAAACAGCUACUUUUUGUUUAGCUACAAGAGUACAUUUUUGUAAGAAUAUUUUAUUCUGAAAGUUCAGGGACUUUGUUGGGCGAAUGAAGUGCUGGUGUUAACAGGCAGAAGGGUUUCUGCACUAAAUUGGAACUUUUUUCAGCAGAUAGUGUAGAAGAUGUAAAGCUUUUGACUUUUGUGUAACAGUUUGGAAACGUGACUAUAUAAAACACACAUGAAAAAUCUAUAUAAGAUGUAUGUGGGAAAAGAUUUUCUAGUAAAUUUCCUAACAAAAACAAAAUUCCCACAGGGUUCAAAAUUAGUAUUUGAGUUCUGUAACAGAUGUACUUUAUUAGGUGAUUUAAUUUCUGUGUGGGCGUAUGUGUUUAGAUGGUUUAAAGAGCACUUAUUAGAUAGAUCUUCUGUCUUAAUUUUCUCAUUAAAAGCUUGUUUGGAUGUGGUGCUAGAAAUAAGUUAUAUUUGUGCUUUAGGUUGAGUUUGCUGAGCUCCUAUAUAUAUAGUAGUUUCUGUGGUUGGUAUCAGAAUUUUGGUUUGUUAAAAAAUAUACAAAUUGAUACCUUUGAUUUACUUCAAACUUAUUCAAGUGCACAGAUAAGUCUGUAUGUUUACUAUUUAAAAUGUUAUAUUUUCUGAGCACUUUGUGAACACCAUUGUCCAUAGGUGUUUUUAGGAUAAUGCAGCAAGCAGAAAAAUGCUAUUUCUGCUUGCACUGAUAAAAUAUAGUUUAGUUUGGAAUAUACACAGCCAAGUGAAAUUGAUUGCAAAAGGCAUAUGCAAGUAAGAGAGGCUAUAUGAGAAUAAAAAAGUAAUUUAUAAUAUAGGGAAGCUAUUAUUGUUCAAGGAAUUGCUAUUCUGACAGACAUUUCAUUAUUAAAAGAAGGUUUGUGGCUCAAAGAAGUCUUGUGGCUCUAACCUGAAGAAAGUUCACAAGGAAUUACACUUUAGUAAUAGUUUGAGAACUGUAGGGCAGUCUGGGUUGCUGCUGAAGGGCAGCUGGUUGUGGAUUGGAUUACAGUACAUUUUAGAUAAAGAUUGGGGUAACCAAAACUACAAGUUUUUAAUGCGAAGGCAGUGUUUGCUCUCAUUUUAAUUCUUUUUAUGUAACCUUUGAGAAAUUCAUUGUGUAGCUAUCUCACAAAGUUCAUUGUUAAGUAGAGGUAAUGGUGGUUCUAAUUCCUAAAGGAACCAUCAAUGUAUAGUGAAAAGAGAUCAGACUGUACAGUCGGAUAGUUCUGUGUUGCAAUCUCAGCUGGGAUACUUAAUAGUUAGGUGAUGUGGGGCAAGGUAUUUGACCUUGCUUAACUCUUAGUUUCUUCAUCUCAAAGAGAUAACUUCAAAGGGUUAUUAAGAAUGUGAGAAGUAAAUGAACUAAUGCUUAAAAUACUCAGUACAGGAGCUGAUAAUUUUGUGAGUGAUGUUAACUAAAUGUUAGUUGUCAUCCCACAGUAUGAAAUAAAAAUUAUUUAUAUCGCAUUUAAAAUAUUUCAGUUGUUUUGAACAUUAUAAACUUGUUAAUGAGGAAUUACGGUAUUGAGGCUUUCAUUUUUUUGAGACAUUAUUAAUUGGGUAUAGUCUGUCUGAGGUAGAGUUCUUGAGUAUAACAACUGUAAAGAAGUAUUCUGUGAGAUUACCAGUAAACUAGGUCUAAGCAAAGAGUAUUAUAUGUACUUAAGAUAUAAUGUAGUAUUUUAUUUUAUAGAACCUUAGAAUUUUUCUCUGACUCCAGAAAAUUUCUUAGUAAUAAUGAUUUGGCUACCCUUGCAAGCUUCUUGAGGCCCAGGAGAGUUCUACGUGCUUUGGUUUUGGUAGUUAGUUCAUACAUAGUGUACUUCAAUUAAAAAUUGUUGGUGGACUAAUUUUGAUCUAGUUUAGGAACUUCAUUGCAGUAGAUCGCACAGUAAACUUAUUGCUGAUUGUUGCUUUCAGUUUUGUUCAAACAACUACUCUACUUAAUUUGUGAAAGUCCCUGAUACUUGCUAUUGAUAUAAUUUAAAUACUCUCUCUGUUUUGCAUGCCAAUAUCUAUUUUGAAAUCAAAAUGCUUCCCUUAGUCACUUCCACUGCAAGGAUAGCCUGUUUUUUAAUCAGUCUCAUAGUACAUUUCUGGUACUGAAUAACUUGAAAAGACACAGAGUAUUCUUCCUGUGUAAGUCCUUCUUACUGUACAGUAAUUUAAUGAUUGUGUUCAAAGUGAAUUUUCAGGACAUGGACAAACCUGUAUUCAAAUCUAACUAUUAGAAUUUAUUUAAAAGUAUUGAGUUUUGUAUUUUUUUAUUAUCCAAUUCUUUUCCUUUUCCUUUAGAAAGAAUACAAAAAUUGACUGUCUUAGUUGCUGUUUAAUACUUAGAAAAGGAAGGUUAUCUGAAUGAUGCAGAUUUGAACACUACUUUUUGUUUUCUGAUUUUUAUCUAGUGAGCAGAUUACUUAUGUUGUUUAAUCGCUGACUUCAGUUAGACAAAACACACAUUGACUGGAUGCCUAUUAUUUACUAAAUGCUGAAUUAAGUGCUGGAGGAAUGAAGAUAAGGAAGAUGUUAUUCCCCUUUUCAGGAAUUUACUGGAACAGAUAUUAAUAAAGUGAUUGCAAUAUGGAAUGAUAAAUUAAGUAACCAACUGUACAAGGACCCAGAAGUAGCCUAGAGGAGAAAAUGAUGAAUUGUUUGGUGGGUAGAGGUUUAGAGGCAGCUUCAGAGUGGUUGACUUCUCAUGAGAAUAGUGGUAGACAUAAUGAAAGGAAACAUGGGCUCGCAAGAGACUGUACCACACCUUGGGAAAGGUAAAAGUCAGCAGGAAAAGGAGCUGCCUUAGGAAGCUGCUGCUGUAAUCUAAGAAAUGGUGGGGAACUAGACCAGGAUGUUGGAGUUAGAAAUGAAGGUCCAUAUAUAUUGAGAUGGAGUAAUCAACUAAUUUGUUUUCUUCAGAUUGUCAAACUGACUUUGGAAUACUCCUACACUGUGCAGAGAACUUAUAUUUAUUAAGAAGGUUGAAGCUGUCUAAUGUGAAUUCCCUUGACUCCUCCCCUUUAUUUAAUUUUUAAAGUAACCUUUGUGCCCAAUGUGGGGCUUGAACUCAGGACCUCAAGAUCAAGAGUCACAUGCUCUACCUGCUGAGCCAGCCAGGUGUGCCUGUCUUUUCCCCUUUAUAUUUUAUACAUACUUAUCUUCUGGUUCCCUGAGUCAGGGAAUAAACAGAAUCUCUGUUCCUUUUCAAGGCUAACCUGGAAAGGAAUUUUAUGCUCCUAAUACUGUUUCUUCUAAGAUUCUUUGUAGAACUGAGAUCCCUUUCUUCAUUUCUUCCUUCCUAUUGGAAGUUUUCUCAUGUUCAGUAAUCAUUUGUUGUAUCCUUCAUAUGGAUCAGGUACUAUCCCAGGCAUGGGAUGAUGGUGGGAGGUGUGGAAAGAUAAAAGAUGAAGAUUACAAAGUAGCUGUUUUUCCAUCCGCUCUAAGGAAAGAAUAGUUCAUCCUCACUCUGUAGCUUUCUUCCUUAACGACUAUAGUCUUCUAAGCACAGCUUUCCCCGUGUACUGAAAAUAGUUUUUUAAAGGAUGCUAGUAAUCUCAUGCAAAAUUCAUAGGCAUUUUUAAGUUCCCCAUUCUGUUUUAGAACUACUACUGUAUUAAUAGUUUUGUUCCAGGCUCUAAAAUAUGUUAUCUCACUUAAUCUUUAAUAACUGUUUGAGGUACUCUUUUUAUCCCUCUUUUACAGAUGAGGAUAUAGGUUUUAAAAUUCCAAAGGUCUGAAAUUCAGGUAAGUAAUUCAGCCAGGGUCAUAGGAUUAGUGAGCGACUGACUGCAGAUCAUGCGUUUGUCGGCACUACGCUUCGCUAUUCUUGAAACCACGUCUUUACUCGACUUCUGUGAAAUAUUCUCCUGCUGCUUUUCCUACCUCUCGUGCUGCUCCUUCUCUGUUCCCGCCUGGUCUUCCAGCUCCUUAAGCGAGGGGACCUUAAGGUUCUGUCCUUGAUCUUUUCUUCUCUCCUACGGUGCUAUAUGCUAUGUACCUGAACAGUCUUUUCACUGAGGGCUUCAAAAAUCCAUGAGUUGAAAAAAAAAAAAAAUCCAUGUGCUGAAAUGGUUAUGAUAAUUACAUUUUUAUUCAGACUCAUUCUUUUAAGCUUGCAAAACAUAUUAGCAUUAUGUGUCUGCUACUCAUCUGAAAAGGCUGAUGUGUAAAACUCUGCACCCCAAAGCAUAUUCCCUUUUCACCCUUUAGUUACCACCACCAUCCUCUGUAAUAAUCAAGCUAGAGACCUACAGUUUAUCUUUGUUCAUGUGCCAUGUUCCUUCAGUUUGCCUGUGAAAUAUCUAAUGAAUCUAGUCUUUCUUAUUCCAUUGUCAUUGGGCUUGUUCACAUCUUUAUUAUCUCAUUUGGAUGAUGUAAAAUCUUUUCUUUCACCUUUUUUUCACUUUCUCUGCUAUACGAUUGCCAGGAUUAUUUUCCUGAAAUGUAGAUCUGAUCUUACCAUUCCCUUAAAUAAAAAAAACAAAACACACUCAUACUCACACUUCCCUGGCUCGUUUUUGCUCACAGAAUAAAGUCCAGAUUUCUUAACUUGGCAUUGAAGGCCUUUUAUGAUUUAUUCCAAAAUUAUCUUCUGUACUGUCUUAAUCAUACUGUUCUGUCAGCCUCUGUGCAGAGUUUACUUGUGUAAGACACUCUCUUCCUUCUUUACACACAGUGCUUUUCAGAGGGCAUGGGGAAAGUUCGCAAGUCCAAAGCACCUACCUCCCCAUAUUUGUUCUUUCCCCUUGGAGAUUGUGUUAUACCCCUGGUUGAGAAUCUGCUCUAGACAAAAAUGAUUUAUUCCUUGCAUAUGGCGUGCAGUUUCUGUUUACUUGACCUUGUGCAGGUUGUUUCCUCUGCCUAGAAUUUCAUUUUCAGUACUCUUUAUUGAAAUCCGAAUUCUUUAAGGUCUAGGUCAAAUGCAACUUCUAGAAAUCAUCCCAGUGGGAAUUCAUUGCUUCUUCCUCUGCUUUUCCACUUUUGUUUGUUCCUUUCUAAAUAUCACUUCUCAUUGCCUUAAGUUCUUUGUCCAGUUGUUUUUCCCUCACUGGAUCUUAAGCUUCCCCAGCAUCUAUCAUAUAAUAAUAACUGAAGCACUUAUUGAAUGUCAGAAUGGAGAGAGAGAUGGGAAAUGGAGGGUACAGCAUUAAGGAGAGUAGAAGUAAAAGAACAUUUUAGGUUUGCAGUCCUGAGGGACAGUGAGAUUGAUGGUGCCAUGAAAUGAAGAGAUCCAUUUUGGAGGGAUGAUAAUGAGUUUAGCUUUGCACUUUGAAUUUCAGGUGAUUAAGUCAAUCAGAGAUGUAUAAAAGGUAGCUGCAAAUACUUGAAUGGGUUCUAAACUUGUGAUCUGAUUGUUCUCUGCAUAGGGCGUUGAGACAGGGAAGAAUGUAAAUGGAGAAGAGCUAAAGAUUUGAGGGCUAGAGGAUGAGCUGAUGAGAGUGUCAUAGCAUAAGAAUCAAAAAAUGAGAAGAAGGUGGCCAAGAGAAGAAAACUAGCAAGACUAUGAUCUCAGAAGCCAAGAGGGGAGUUUUGGUUGAAGAAACUGUGAGACUGUAGCAUUGAAGUUGGUGUCCGGAGAACUCAGUCCUACUCUUCCUUAAUCUAAGGAUGAUGUUGGCAUACUGUUUAAUCUCUCUGUGCUUCAGUUUCCUGGAUCUCUAAAAUGCAUACUCCGUUACACGUGUAGCACUGUCACCUUCCGUCUCUGUGAUCCUCAGCUAUCACCAUGUUUCUGGGAUAUUGAAAGGUUAAAAAGAAAGCAUUACAGCCUUGUUAAAUCACUGUGAGAAGUAUUCCCAUAAACAGUAAUGAAUACAUGUAGGAGUGAUGGUAUUUCAUAGCACUUUAAAUGUAAAUUAUAGUCAACUCUCAAUUUCCUUUUAAGUGAUCAUCUGCAGUGACUUGCUGCCUCCUCCCCCUCCCAGGUCUCAGGCUACUGAAAAUAGGGCUGUGAAAAGCACAGUGGGGUGAGUGAAUGGUUUGCAUGCCUGUGUAUCUGUAUCUCUGACUAUCACCAAGCUAAAUACAGUCCACUCUCAUUUACCUGCACUUAAUAAAAAGGUGAAUAAUGAUGGAAGAGCGCUAAAUUACAUAAUCUAAAUAGCAUUAUUUAUAUGUGGCUUGGGAAGAUUUUAUAUUCUUUCCUCCCCUACAAUAGAUUGAUGUGUCUUUUCUUUUAAGUGAAUUAUUAGCAUCAAUUUUUAUUUCCUGAGCAAAUACUGUUAGAGUAGCCAACAUAAAUAGGUUAAAAUAUAUAUUAGGUAAUCCACAUGCGAAUAAUUGAGAGUUGACUGUUAAUGCUUUUUGGCUCAUCCAUUGUUUUGUAUUAUCUGUGCUUUUUUGUUAGUGUGGCCAGGUUAAAGCUGAAUAGCUACUUUAAAAUUUUAUCUCUACAAUGAAUUUACUUCUAAAAUUAUACAGAUACCAAACUAAAUUGAAAAUAAUUGUGUAAAACUAGAUAAACAUAACAUAUAUCCCAAGUCAGAGGAUUGAAAGAGAAUUUAAACUUAAGUACAUUCUUAAAAUUCCUUUUACAAAGUCUUUGAGCCAGGCAGAUUGCAUAAACUGAGCAACGUACCUGGUAAUGAUGAAAUUUAUAUAAAAUAUAAAUUUGAGGAUAUGCCGAGGCUUUGAACAUACCCUAUUUAUGGAGUCAGUUGAGUUUAGUAAGAAAGACACAAGACAGUUUUUUAAUUACCUGGAUUUUCAAGAAUUUGGCUCUUUUAAUUACUUUGCCAUUUUUUUACUCCAAUAUUUUGAAGAUUUGGAUUUAUAGUGGUUUGUUAAUGUCAGCAUAUUUUUGAUCCAUAUAUUAUAUAAUUGGGUUAUUAAGUAUUGUGAAUUAGGAAGGCACAAUUCUUGGCUUCUGGCAUAUCUUGGGAUAUACCUGUAUCAGGGCAUAAUGUAAGAUAGCAGUAUAAGAAGAACCUGCCAAUUGUCCUUAUAAAGGAAUCAAAAACUGAAGGCAUUCAGAAAAAAAAAAAAAGAAGGGAGAUAGGUAAGGAAUGGCUUAGAGGGAAGACCUCAUAGAAGUCUUGACACCUGUCAGACUUUUGCAUUAAAGGGUAGCAUUUGAAUAGAUAGAACUCGGGAUCAGUGUUUUAAAAAAAAAUUGUAACUUAAUUUUGUGAACUAACACUUCUGGCAUAUUAUUCAGUACUUGAAGGUAAUGUUGAGGAAAAUUGGUGAUUAUAUAACUCAUAAUUAUUGAGGAUUAUUUAUAUUUCAAAGUAGGGCUCUUCUGGCCUUUAAAGGUAAUGCAGGACUGGACUGAGAGCUUUUAGGCAUAUUGUGAAAUAAUUGUGUGCUUGUGACUAUGAGUAUAUAAAUGCUUGGCUGUUAUUCCAAAUCCAAGUAUAAAUGAUUUUUUUUCUUCCAUUGUUUUGUAAUAUAUGUGUUUCCUUUCCCCUUCAUUAAUACUGCAUGUUCAAAGGGCUCUGUAAAUUUGUUAUCAAACUUACUUCAAGAUGUAUGCAGUUUGGAAAUAGAGAUUAUAAAUGAGAUGGGUAGUGUUUUUGUUAUUUUCCACACUAAAAUGACCAUAUUUUCUGAACUCAGAAUUUAAACAUGUGGCCUCACAGUGAGAUAGAAUAUUUGAAAUAAAAAUCAUUCUGAAAAAUAUGGAAUAUUUCAUUGCUAAAUCCUGACAACCUACCCAGCCCUCUAGUUAUUUGGGUAAAGGGUAUACUGGGGAAAUUAUUGCUUAUAUUAAAGCAGCAAAAUGAGAGUUGAAUUGCCACUUGCAGGGAUUUUAGCGAUCUUGUUCAGAAUCCACUGUAAUUUCAUGUGUUUCUUAUAAUGAAUAAAGAGUGAAGAGACACAGAAGCUGUAAACAAAGAAGACUGCCAAGUAAUUUACUUUUAGUUACUAAGAAGGAACAGCUUGCCAGAUAAAAGCGUAUUUAACUCCUUUUAGAUGUGUGCACCUAUAUAUAUUUAUCUGUAGUUUCAUACUUCGAGAAAUCACAUCUUAAGAUAGUAUUGCUAAUUCUUUCCAUGCUUAAUGUUCAUCCCUCAUAUACUAAAACUUUUAAUUGCCCUGUUUUUUCUCCACUCAUAAUUCCGUAUAAUAUACUCCCUAACCUUCACCACACCACCACCAUCACCACCAGCCCCCUCCCCCAAGAAAAAAAAAAGAAAAAAGAAAAACUGAAGGGAAUAGAGUUGCAGAAAGAGUGAGAAGACUCCAGUGGUUGGAGAACCUUCUGACAACUUAAGGGAGAUUCUCCAAAAUGUGGCCAAAUUGCAAGGAGUAUCAAAUAUGAGAAAACUAGGCCAUCUGAAUAACUUUACUAAGCUUCUUUGUGAUAUUGGCCAUAGUGAAGAAAAAUUGGGUUUUAACUAUGAGGAUAUCAUAAUUUGUUUGCGGUUAGCUUUAUUGAAUGAAGCAAAAGAAGUGCGGGCAGCAGGCCUGCGAGCUCUUCGAUAUCUCAUCCAAGACUCCAGUAUUCUGCAGAAGGUGCUAAAAUUGAAAGUGGACUAUUUAAUAGCAAGGUGCAUUGACAUACAGCAGAGCAACGAGGUAGAGAGGACACAAGCACUUCGAUUAGUCAGAAAGAUGAUUACUGUGAAUGCUUCCUUGUUUCCUAGCUCUGUGGCCAACUCAUUAAUAGCAGUUGGAAAUGAUGGACUUCAGGAAAGAGACAGAAUGGUCCGAGCAUGCAUUGCCAUUAUAUGUGAACUAGCACUUCAGAAUCCAGAGGUGGUGGCCCUUCGAGGUGGACUAAACACCAUCCUGAAAAAUGUGAUCGAUUGCCAAUUAAGUCGAAUAAAUGAAGCCCUCAUUACUACAAUUUUGCACCUCCUUAAUCAUCCAAAGACCCGACAGUAUGUGCGAGCUGAUGUAGAAUUAGAGCGAAUUUUAGCACCCUAUACUGAUUUUCACUACAGACACAGUCCAGAUACAGCUGAAGGACAACUCAAAGAAGACAGAGAAGCGAGGUUUCUAGCUAGUAAAAUGGGAAUCAUAGCAACAUUCCGGUCAUGGGCAGGUAUUAUUAAUUUAUGUAAACCUGGCAACUCUGGGAUCCAGUCUCUAAUUGGAGUACUUUGUAUACCAAAUAUGGAAAUAAGGCGAGGUCUGCUUGAAGUGCUCUAUGAUAUAUUUCGUCUUCCUCUACCUGUUGUGACUGAAGAAUUCAUAGAAGCACUGCUCAGUGUAGAUCCAGGCAGAUUCCAAGACAGUUGGAGACUUUCAGAUGGCUUUGUAGCAGCUGAGGCAAAAACUAUUCUUCCUCAUCGUGCCAGAUCCAGGCCAGACCUCAUGGAUAAUUAUUUGGCACUGAUACUCUCUGCAUUUAUUCGUAAUGGACUUCUAGAGGGUUUGGUUGAAGUGAUAACAAACAGUGAUGACCAUAUCUCAGUUAGAGCUACCAUCCUUUUAGGAGAGCUUUUACAUAUGGCAAAUACAAUUCUUCCUCAUUCACAUAGCCAUCAUUUACACUGCCUACCAACCCUAAUGAAUAUGGCUGCAUCUUUUGAUAUCCCCAAGGAAAAGAGACUGCGAGCCAGUGCAGCCUUGAAUUGUUUAAAACGCUUCCAUGAAAUGAAGAAACGAGGACCUAAACCUUACAGCCUUCAUUUAGAUCACAUUAUUCAGAAAGCAAUUGCAACCCACCAGAAACGGGAUCAGUAUCUCCGAGUUCAGAAAGAUAUAUUUGUUCUUAAGGAUACAGAGGAAGCUCUUUUAAUGAACCUUAGAGAUAGCCAAGUCCUUCAACAUAAAGAGAAUCUUGAAUGGAAUUGGAAUCUUAUAGGGACCAUUCUUAAGUGGCCAAAUGUAAAUCUAAGAAACUAUAAAGAUGAACAGUUGCACAGGUUUGUACGAAGACUACUUUACUUUUACAAGCCCAGCAGUAAAUUAUAUGCCAACCUGGAUCUGGAUUUUGCCAAGUCCAAGCAGCUCACAGUUGUGGGUUGCCAAUUUACAGAAUUUCUUCUUGAGUCCGAAGAGGAUGGGCAAGGAUACUUAGAAGAUCUAGUAAAAGAUAUUGUUCAGUGGCUCAAUGCCUCAUCUGGCAUGAAACCUGAAAGAAGUCUUCAAAAUAAUGGUUUAUUGACUACCCUUAGUCAACACUACUUUUUAUUUAUUGGAACACUUUCUUGCCACCCUCAUGGAGUCAAAAUGCUGGAAAAAUGCAGCGUAUUUCAAUGUCUCCUUAAUCUCUGUUCCUUGAAAAACCAAGAUCACUUACUGAAACUGACUGUUUCUAGCUUGGACUACAGCAGAGAUGGAUUGGCAAGAGUCAUCCUUUCCAAAAUUCUUACAGCAGCCACUGAUGCCUGCAGGCUGUAUGCAACAAAACAUUUAAGAGUAUUAUUGAGAGCUAAUGUUGAAUUCUUCAAUAAUUGGGGAAUUGAAUUACUAGUGACCCAGCUACAUGAUAAAAACAAAACUAUUUCUUCUGAAGCUCUUGAUAUUCUUGAUGAAGCAUGUGAAGACAAGGCCAAUCUUCAUGCUCUUAUUCAGAUGAAGCCAGCUUUAUCCCACCUUGGAGACAAGGGUUUGCUUCUCCUCCUGAGAUUUCUUUCCAUUCCAAAAGGAUUUUCCUAUCUGAAUGAAAGGGGUUAUGUAGCAAAACAAUUGGAAAAAUGGCACAAGGAAUAUAAUUCAAAAUAUGUUGACUUGAUUGAGGAACAACUUAAUGAAGCACUUACUACUUACCGAAAGCCAAUUGAUGGUGAUAACUAUGUUCGUCGGAGUAACCAAAGAUUACAGCGUCCUCAUGUCUACCUGCCUGUACACCUCUAUGGACAACUGGUACACCACAAAACAGGCUGUCAUUUGUUGGAAGUACAGAAUAUUAUUACCGAACUCUGUCACAAUGUUCGUACACCAGAUUUGGAUAAAUGGGAAGAAAUUAAAAAACUGAAAGCAUCUCUUUGGGCCUUGGGAAAUAUUGGCUCAUCAAAUUGGGGUCUCAAUUUGCUACAGGAAGAAAAUGUGAUUCCAGAUAUACUAAAACUUGCAAAGCAGUGUGAGGUUCUUUCAAUCAGAGGGACCUGUGUAUAUGUGCUUGGGCUCAUAGCCAAAACCAAACAGGGCUGUGAUAUUCUGAAAUGUCAUAGCUGGGAUUCUGUAAGGCACAGUCGCAAACAUCUGUGGCCUGUGGUUCCAGAUGAUGUAGAACAACUCUGUAAUGAACUUUCAUCUAUCCCAAGCACCCUGAGUUUGAACUCAGAGUCAACCAGCUCUAGACAUAAUAGUGAAAGUGAAUCUGCACCAUCAAGUAUGUUCAUAAUGGAGGAUGACCGGUUCGGCAGCAGCUCUACCAGUACGUUUUUUCUUGACAUCAAUGAAGAUACAGAGCCAGCAUUUUAUGAUCGACCUGGACCUAUAAAGGAUAAAAAUUCAUUCCCUUUCUUUGCUUCUAGUAAACUUGUGAAGAAUCGUAUCUUAAAUUCGCUUACUUUGCCUAAUAAAAAACAUCGUAGUAGCAGUGAUCCGAAAGGAGGGAAACUGUCAUCCGAAAAUAAGACAAACAACAGGCGGAUCAGAACACUUACGGAGCCCAGUGUUGACUUUAAUCAUAGUGAUGAUUUCACACCCAUAUCCACAGUACAGAAGACAUUACAAUUAGAAACUUCAUUUGUUGGGAAUAAGCACAUUGAAGACACUGGUAGUACUCCAAGUAUUGGAGAGAAUGACUUAAAAUUCACGAAGAGUCUUGGUACAGAGAAUCACAGAGAAAACACAAGCCGAGAGAGAUUAGUCGUAGAAAGUUCAACAAGCUCACAUAUGAAGAUACGUAGCCAAAGUUUUAAUACAGACACUACAACAAGUGGCAUAAGUUCAAUGAGUUCAAGUCCUUCACGAGAAACAGUAGGUAUCGAUGCUACGACUGUGGACACAGACUGUGGAAGUAUGAGUACUGUGGUAAGUACUAAAACUGUUAAGACAAGCCACUAUUUGACGCCACAGUCUAACCAUCUGUCUCUCUCCAAAUCAAACUCCGUGUCCCUGGUGCCUCCAGGUUCUUCUCACACACUUCCUAGAAGAGCACAGUCCCUUAAAGCACCCUCUAUUGCUACGAUUAAAAGUCUAGCAGAUUGUAACUUUAGUUACACGAGUUCUAGAGACGCCUUUGGCUAUGCUACGCUGAAAAGAUUGCAGCAACAAAGAAUGCAUCCGUCCUUAUCUCAUUCUGAGGCUUUGGCAUCCCCAGCAAAAGAUGUGCUGUUUACCGACACCAUCACCAUGAAGGCCAGCAGCUUUGAGUCCAGGUUAACACCAAGCAGGAUCGAUUUUAAAAAGAAGCAUGUCGGGGGAAUCAGGAGCUUAAGACCUACAAUAACAAACAACCUUUUCAGGUUCAUGAAAGCUUUAAGUUAUGCUUCAUUAGAUAAAGAAGAUUUAUUAAGUCCUAUUAAUCAAAAUACCCUGCAGCGAUCCUCCUCAGUGAGGUCCAUGGUGUCCAGUGCAACGUAUGGUAGUUCAGAUGACUAUAUUGGUCUUGCUCUUCCAGUAGACAUCAAUGAUAUAUUCCAGGUAAAGGAUAUUCCCUAUUUUCAGACAAAAAACAUACCUCCACACGAUGAUCGAGGUGCCAGAGUGUUUGCCCAUGAGGCAGGAGGUCUUCCAUCUGGAACUGGAGGUCUUGUAAAAAACUCUUUUCACUUGCUACGACAGCAGAUGAGUCUUACGGAAAUAAUGAAUUCAAUCCAUUCAGAUGCUUCUCUGUUUUUAGAAAGUACAGAAGACACUGGAUUACAGGAGCAUACAGAUGAUAACUGCCUUUAUUGUGUCUGUAUCGAAAUUCUGGGUUUCCAGCCCAGUAAUCAACUAAGUGCAAUAUGUAGUCAUUCAGACCUUCAAGACAUUCCAUACUCUGAUUGGUGUGAGCAGACUAUCCAUAACCCCUUAGAAGUGGUUCCUUCUAAGUUUUCGGGGAUUUCUGGAUGCAGCGAUGGAGUGUCUCAAGAAGGCUCAGCCAGCAGCACCAAAAGCACAGAACUGCUGCUAGGUGUUAAAACAAUUCCAGAUGAUACACCAAUGUGCCGUAUACUCCUUCGCAAAGAAGUUCUGAGAUUAGUCAUUAAUUUGAGUAGUUCAGUUUCAACUAAAUGUCAUGAAACUGGGCUUUUAACAAUUAAGGAGAAGUAUCCUCAAACGUUCGAUGACAUCUGCCUUUACUCUGAGGUUUCCCAUUUGCUCUCACACUGCACAUUUAGACUUCCGUGUCGGAGGUUCAUACAAGAAUUAUUUCAAGACGUACAGUUUUUACAAAUGCAUGAAGAAGCAGAGGCUGUGCUGGCGAUCCCACCAAAGCAACCUAUAGUUGAUACGUCUGCUGAAUCCUGACCUCAUAUUUAUGAUGUCUGUAGAUGAAUACUAUAUAUAUUCAUAUUUGUGGAUUUCCUAAAAGCCUCAGAAAAUGCUGACUGACUGAGCAGCAAGGACAGGAGUAUCUUCUGUUCCAGCAAUUACUGGUACAUGCACAGUUGGAGCUGCAGACUUCCCUAACCAAAACAACUUCCUCUUUUCCCUGUUGAGCCCUCUGGGGGUUCAUUGCUCAUUACCACAGUUCUGAGAGUUUUAGUUACCAUUAUAUGCAAGAGCCAAGCACUGAAUACCUACAUAGGUUUUCUAUUUUUUCAUGUUAAGAGCAUAAUAGCAGUGGAACAAUAAUAGGAUAUGCAGAAGCACCCUUCACAGUUAUUUCUGAAUUCUUUUUUUUAGGGUAAAUCUAAAGAUGCCUUGUUUGUUAACUAACUUGUGGAAACCAGGAAUCAGUGUUUCUGAGGCUGCACCCUGCCCCACAGUGGGGUGUGCUGUAACUGCUGGUAUUAGAGGAGGAACUUUGGCCCUUCCACAUUUUUCUUAAUAUUUGUAACACUACUUCAGAGGUUUGUAACCUCAAAGCAAAAGAAGAGCCUCAACAACCCAGGACUUAUAAGUUAUUUUUAUGUUACUAGACUUGCAAACAGUUUGUUUUCUGUCUCUUCAGUUUUGUGGCAAUGUGUUCUUAGAGGCUAUUUGAACCAGUUAAGGUUUUUCACUACAGUUCUUGACUCAGAUCAGAACGUCAUUUUAUAAUUCAGAGUAUUUCCCAUUUGUAGAAUGCACAUGUUUUCAGUGGACUUCUCAUUUUCAUCAACUUCCCAUAUCACCAUUUGAAACAGGAACUUGAACAAGCACUAUUAAUUGAGACCUAAAGCAAAAGAACGUAAACAACACUUUGGAUCUCCUGAGGAAGAGAGAAGUUUGCCUCCGAUUUACACAUUCCGUGGGAAAAGAAGAGCCAUACUUCCUUUUUAAAAAAUCAUCAAUGCAACUUGAAUUACGAUUAAAAAUUGUAGUGAAAAGCCUUAAGUACCAAAUUUUAAAGCAGCAGUAAUUUAAUUUUUUUAUAUCAGUGUUCUUGUUUUGCACAAACUAAAUGCAGUGAUAGGUGAGUUUAUCAGUACAGUCAUUGCCUUUAUCAUAUUUGUGAAGUUGUUAAGUUGAUGAGGGCAAGGUUUUGUUUAUUUGUGUGUUUAAUUUGUAUAUGUUUAAAGAUAUUUGGAAAUCUUUACAGGAAUUAAACAUAUAUGCAAAUUUGUAUAUAAAAAUAGCAUGGCCAUCACCAUUAGAAUGCUUGUAAAUGAAAGGAUUAUCUUUUUUGAGGUCUAUAUAUAAAUAGAAAAAAAAUCCAGCUGGACUGAUUAGGACCCUUUUUUUAAUUCAUUUGUUUAUACCAUUUUUACAGUUGCACAUCAGCUUUGACACAGUCCUAGUAUCUUGAUUAAUAUUUUCCCAUAGUACAGAUCCUUUUUAUAACGGGCUUGUUCUUUGAGAUCUCUGUAAAGAACCCUGUGAACUAGAAAACGUAACUCACAGAGAUAGGUUUUUUUUGUUUUUGUUUUGUUUUGUUUUGUUUUUUAAUUUACUGGCACUGAAAGUUCCAAUUGGGAUGAAGCAUUUCAUCUCACUUCAUAACACCUCUUUGACUGCACUUCAGUGAAUUGUUCUUACAUGCACUGUGUAGCAACUUACAUUAUAACAAAGCAGAUAAGGGCUGUAAGCUGCUGCUUAUGUUAAAAAGUGGUUCUUCAGAUUUUCUCUCAUAAAAUCCAAGUGAAAAUAAAAUAUUUUUUUUAACUUUAAUUUAUCACUGAACCCAAGUGUUUAUUUAAAUGUUAACAGUACUUUUAAGAACGUUGCCUGUCACCUUGGUCUUUGGUCUUGGAUGAUUAAAAUGCCUUCCAGAGAACCAAAUAGUGGUUAAAAACUCCAAAGGAGGUAAUUUAGUAAUCUUAUUCAUAAUGAGGUUGACAUAUUUUAGACAUUGAUUUUAAACACUACCUCAGUUAAUAUAGAAUAUAAAAUCUGUGGUUUAAUCCCUCAAAAGUUAACAGUUCUUUUUUGUCACACACACACACACACACACACACACACACACACACAACUGUCCCCAUCCCGGACCCCACUUCACUCAUCCAUCCUGAAAUGAAGUCUUUGUUACUAUUAGCCUGAACAAUUUUUUUGACUAUUACUUUGAAAGACAUGUAUGUAUACAUUGUAAUAAUUGCCUAUAGCACUUAGUUUGGAGAGAGAGAGUUUUGUGGUUAUCAGUAAUCUAAGAAAAAUGUCUAUACUUAAAUGUAUAGUGCUAUUUGGUUUAUCCAUGUUUCACUGACAGGUCUAAUACGUUUUCAAGUACUCAUCUGUAUAAAAGUAGACUUUUAUGAUGAAAAAUGCUCACAUGCAGUGCCACGUGAUUAACUUAGUGUUUAAAAAUACUAAAUUAUAGCAGAAAAGAUUAGGAAUGGUGUCAGUGGUAAUAGAAAUAAUUGAGAAAGUCAUCUAUAAAUAAUAGAUACUACAAGACUAUAAAAUACCAAAAUAAUGUCAAUACUGUAGUUUUUCAAGAUUUUAGAAUUAAUCUUAGUCCUUAUAAAUUUGUACUAUUGGUAAUUAUUGAAUAAUUGGAGGAAUUUGGGCAGUUUUGCUGGUUGUAAACUGUGAAUAUCUAAUUGUAAAGUGAAUUGUCAUUUCUAAUUGAAAUUUUUUUUCAAGAACAGAUUUCAGCUUCACGAUACUAAGUAAAUACUGAUAAAUAAUAAGGAAAUUAGAAAUUAGUGUUAAUAAUUAAAUAUGGUCUAAAAUUUCUUAUACAUUUAUUUCCUAUUUAUGCCUAGGUAGAUUUGAAGGGGGGAUGUCUCCCUAAUAAAAAUUUUUCUAAUAAAGAUUAGUAGCAUAAGUCCAUUCUGUAAGACAGCAACAUUAAUAAAAGAGGCUCUUUGGAGGGAUAUACAUUCUUAUACUAGUUAUUCUAACAUCAUGUGUACAAGUUCUUUUGAAAUGGUAGCUUUAAUAGUUUUCAGCUCUUUUAUCCAGAGCUUGAGAUAAUUAAAGCUGAGUUUUUCAGGGCAUAUUACAGUAGUAAAGUGUUCAACAGUGAGGUGUCAGUGCUUACUUAGAUUUGUCUACUGCUCUUUAUAAAUUUUUUUUUCAUUCCAUUCAGAGGAUGCCUUUUAUCCCCACAUUAAAGCACAGAUCAUUGAGCAAUAAAAACUAAUCAAAUUGUCAUCCAAAUUAUAACUGCAAUUGUUUUUGCAUGGUAAGAGUGAGGUGCUAAUUUUGUGUGAGAUCAGCUUUGUAAACUACCUUGGGAAAAAGUCCUUUGGAAUUAAGGUUUUCCCCUUUUGUUUUAUGCUUCCAGUGUCUAAAAUUCACAAUCCAUUAAACAUGGGAAAAAAGAAAAGAUAGAACUAACAGAGUUUUAUGAGAAGAGCUGAUGGAAUAAAAGAACAUUUCAGGUUUUCAAAAAUGUACGUUGGGAAAGGUCUCCCUUGCCUCCCCAUUCAGGAAAUCCAUUAUCACCAGCUUAAUUUCAAGAGUAUCACUACAGUGAGAGUUUCAUUAUAAAAGCGUGCUAGUGAAAUGGAUAGCAGUGCUUAUCAGACAAUAUUGAAAUCUGUUGAGAAUCUUUCUAGGAACAUUCUUUUUUUCUUUUAGUUCCAGGUUCCCAAAGUAUUUUUCAUUCAUAGUAGGUUUUUAUGACUCACACGGAAUGUGGAUCCCCCCCUUGAGUAUUUUUAUAAUGUAGGUGGAUAGCUAUGCCACAACAUGCAUUAAUUGCACAUCUUGUUUGAUUUUCUUUACAAAACAUUUAAUUUGAAAAAUAUAAUUUAUGCCAAAAAAGUAUACCUUGUAAUUUUGCCACUAAAUAGGUUGAUUUAGCACAAAAUACAAAGUCUUGGGGCAGGGGGGGUGGCGAUAAAAAUUUUUCAUAGAUAAUAGUUGAAAAAUGUUCCAUUACCGGCCUGGCAGAAACCCUGAAGCUGCAUUGUAAAACAAAUGGUGUAAAUUAGUUUUGAAAAGUGGUAAGGGAUUGUGAAAAAAAUCUCAGACUUAAUGCUCCCUAGCCACAUGAUAUCCUUCUUUUUUUAUUUAGUAAUAAGCUGCUACAUAUUUGGAGGUUCUGGUGUUUGUAGGUCACUGAACAGACAUUGAAAUCUGAUUUAUAUUGUAUAACUGUAACAUAGAAAGAAAAAGUAUUUAUAUAUUUUCCGUAAGAAUAUUUCAUUGAGUUGUGUAUAAUUUAAAGAAGGUUUGUCCCCAAAUGGUUUUGCUCACCUUGAUUUUUUUUGUGUGUGGUUUUCUUGUUUUUGUAUAAUGUGUACAGUUUAUGUCAAGGGCAUUAAAAGCCUCCUGAAGCAUAAUCUUAUCAAAGGGAUACAUUGUUAAUAAAAUGUACUUAAAAUUCUUAAAA